CAUGGUGUUGGUACAAAAUCAGGAGCCCAUUGGAAGCAUCAGAUUACAAGGUCACCUGUCUUGCCCUUAAAGGUUUGCCAUAUUUGAAUUUAAUGCCACAUGCGUUUGUCGUGUCAACUCAACAUCUUUUCUGAUCCAAUUGCCAUAAAUUAAGCUGCUAAUUUUGACUUCACGGCUAAGCUACCUAUGUCAAAGCAAGCUUCUAAUAUUUUAUAAUAGACCUGCAGCCAGCGGUUACGCAAGCGGUGACAGUAGUUAACCAGCCCCGGAGGAAAGUUAAUUCAGAACGUAAGAGAGCUAGCGAGAGAUGAGCGACACAAGUAAAAAGCUGCACUUCGUUUUGGUGCAUGGCUUCGGGCAUGGAGCCUGGUGCUGGUACAAAAUCAGGAGUCUAUUGGAAGCAUCAGAUUACAAGGUCACCUGUCUUGACCUUAAAGGUUCGGGUAUUGAUCCAUCCGAUGCCAACACCAUCUUCACUUUCCAAGACUAUAACAAACCACUUAUUGACCUGCUGUUCAACUUACCCGAGAAUGAAAAGGUGAUAUUGGUCGGACACAGUGCGGGAGGUUUGAGCUUAACGUAUGCUAUACACAGGUUUGCUAAGAAAAUUCGUAUGGCCAUUUACGUGGCUGCUAAUAUGCUCAAGCAUGGGUUUGUCACUCCCCAAGAUUAUAAAGAUGCAGAUCCAGAUUUAUCCAUGUAUGGCGAUGUAAAUACGAUGACAUACGGACUAGGAGCUGAUCAACCGCCAACCAGCAUGAUAAUGAAGGAGGAGUUUCAACGCAAAAUUCUUUAUGAUUUGAGCUCUAAGGACGACUCAACUUUGGCCGCGAUGCUGCUGAGACCAGGACCCUUGAGACCAUUUACUGAUGUUCACUUUACAGAGGGACCUGACGCUGACAGCGUGCCACGAGUCUUUAUCAAGACAAUGCACGAUCGAGUCAUAAAGCAAGAACAACAGGACGCAAUGAUAAGAAGGUGGCCGCCCUCUCAAGUGUUUGAUUUGGAGAGUGAGCACAGCCCAUUUUUCUCCACUCCAGCUGAUCUCUUUGGUUUUCUACUCAAAGCUGUGGCUUCCGUCAGCUCAAGUGCUACUUAAAUUAUAUUCGUCUGUUAUUGGUUAUUUUUUAUGCCUCAAUUAAUUAUAGGGUGACACUGAUAACCAAUUCGUGGAUGGAUUUAUUUUUAUUUAAAUAAUGGAACAUGAUUAAAUUUUCAUUCAGGGUUAACUGCAAU